CGGCCAUCUUGGAUUCCCAGACUGGUGCAGCCAAGGGCCCGGGGGAUGACAUCACUGAGCUGGCCAGGACCAGAGGUGACAUAGUGGAGAUUGGCUGAGACCAGGGUGAGGAGUAGAAUUGGUCUGCGGGGACAGGGAGAUGUCCGUAUGCGGCGGGAGAGAACAGACACAGACUCGGCUAGCGAUGCUCCAUCCUGCUCCUAUAGUUGUGAUUCAGAGAGACUGAUGGCGCCUCAGGUUAACCCCCUAACAGGUGCUGCCUUCAGCCUGCCUUCUAUAGGAUCUAUCAACUGGAACUUGGACCCUGAGACAACACAGACACUCCCUGGCCUUCAUCCUACUCACACUCUCCUGAUGUUGAACCAGACCUCAGACAAUGCCAGUGCCUCAACACUAAAUGGCUUCACAAGCUCAUUGACAAAUGAUAGUAGAAGUAACGCUAUCAGUAGAUCCGGUGGCAAAGAGAAGCUCUUCCCAUGUUCGUUCUGUGGGAAAGCCUUCAGUUUCCCCAAACAGGUGGAGAUCCACCAGAGGAUGCACACGGGGGAGAAACCGUUCGGCUGCCACCUGUGCCGGGCCAGUUUCUCCCACUCGUCCAGCCUGAAGAGGCACCAGAGGGUCCACACAGGUGAGAAACCCUACAGCUGCCCCCAUUGUGAGAAGAGGUUCUCCCACCAGCACCAGCUGAAGAGGCACCUGAAGGUCCACACAGGAGAGAGGCCAUUCGCCUGUACGCACUGCGGGAAGAGGUUCUCAGAGAGGAGAUACCUCAGGAUACACCAGCAGAAAAUGCACACAGACCAUGAAGAGUGUAUAGUGUAAUGUAGUACUAGUUAGUUUGUAGUUAAUUAUGUUGGUUGUGGAUGUAUAAGGAACUGGAUGAGGUGAACUGAGGAAAGAAUGAGUAUGAUGAGGCAGAGUAAAUAAUAUGGUGAUGGUUGGUGUGAUGGUGUCUGUAAAAAUGCUUCACUGAUGAAAAGUGACAACCUGUCGUGUUGUUUGAUGCUGGUGUUUUAUAAUGAAGAAAUUAUAGUGCCUUAAUUCAUGUUUAUCUGACUAAGUAUUGAACACAUUUAUUUUAGUUAUUGAACUGCAGCAGGUAUAGUGGAUUUACAUCCGGUAACGGAAUUACUUCAUGGGUCCCUGAUCUAUACUAUACAGAAAUGCAUAAUUAUGGCUAUGAAUAUAAUUUGCUUCAUGGUGAUGUUUCCUGAAUAGGUACACAAAGGUAGAGAAAUAUGUCAUAUCCGUAAAUUGCAUAUUUGGGUAUUAUUCUAUACACUGGCUAUUAUUGUCCUUCCUCAAACAAGACCACAUUUGGAUGGCUAUGACCAGACAAAAUCUGAAACCAUCAUAGUUUAUACUGUACUGUUCUCUACUGUGCUCUACUGUGCUCUACUGUGCUGAACUCCACUCUACUUUACUGUUCUGUACUUUACUGUUAUUACAGGCUUAGGUUUUUCCAUUUAUACACUGCUCAAAAAAAGAAAGGGAACACUAAAAUAACACAUCCUAGAUCUGAAUGAAUGAAAUAUUCUUAUUAAAUACUUUUUUCUUUACAUAGUUGAAUGUGCUGACAACAAAAUCACACAAAAAUUAUCAAUGGAAAUCAAAUUUAUCAACCCAUGGAGGUCUGGAUUUGGAGUCACACUCAAAAUUAAAGUGGGAAACCACACUACAGGCUGAUCCAACUUUGAUGUAAUGUCCUUAAAACAAGUUUAAAUGAGGCUCGGUAGUGUGUGUGGACUCCACGUGCCUGUAUGACCUCCCUACAACGCCUGGGCAUGCUCCUGAUGAGGUGGCGGAUGGUCUCCUGAGGGAUCUCCUCCCAGACCUGGACUAAAGCAUCCGCCAACUCCUGGACAGUCUGUGGUGCAACCUGGCGUUGGUGGAUGGAGCGAGACAUGAUGUCCCAGAUGUGCUCAAUUGGAUUCAGGUCUGGGGAACGGGCGGGCCAGUCCAUAGCAUCAAUGCCUUCCUCUUGCAGGAACUGCUGACACACUCCAGCCACAUGAGGUCUAGCAUUGUCUUGCAUUAGGAGGAACCCAGGGCCAACCGCACCAGCAUAUGGUCUCACAAGGGGUCUGAGGAUCUCAUCUCGGUACCUAAUGGUAGUCAGGCUACCUCUGGCGAGCACAUGGAGAGCUGUGCGGCCCCCAAAGAAAUGCCACCCCACACCAUGACUGACCCACCGCCAAAUCGGUCAUGCUGGAGGGUUGCAGGCAGCAGAACGUUCUCCACGGCGUCUCCAGACUCUGUCACGUCUGUCACAUGCUCAGUGUGAACCUGCUUUCAUCUGUGAAGAGCACAGGGCGCCAGUGGCGAAUUUGCCAAUCUUGGUGUUCUCUGGCAAAUGCCAAACGUCCUGCACGGUGUUGGGCUGUAAGCACAACCCCCACCUGUGGACGUCGGCCCUCAUACCACCCUCAUGGAGUCUGUUUCUGACCGUUUGAGCAGACACAUGCACAUUUGUGGCCUGCUGGAGGUCAUUUUGCAGGGCUCUGGCAGUGCUCCACCUUCUCCUCAUUGCACAAAGGCGGAGGUAGCGGUCCUGCUGCUGGGUUGUUGCCCUCCUACGGCCUCCUCCACGUCUCCUGAUGUACUGGCCUGUCUCCUGGUAGCGCCUCCAUGCUCUGGACACUAUGCUGACAGACACAGCAAACCUUCUUGCCACAGCUCGCAUUGAUGUGCCAUCCUGGAUGAGCUGCACUACCUGAGCCACUUGUGUGGGUUGUAGACUCCGUCUCAUGCUACCACUAGAGUGAAAGCACCGCCAGCAUUCAAAAGUGACCAAAACAUCAGCCAGGAAGCAUAGGAACUGAGAAGUGGUCUGUGGUCACCGCCUGCAGAACCACUCCUUUAUUGGGGGUGUCUUGCUAAUUGCCUAUAAUUUCCACCUCAUGUCUAUUCCAUUUGCACAACAGCAUGUGAAAUGUAUUGUCAAUCAGUGUUGCUUCCUAAGUGGACAGUUUGAUUUCACAGAAGUGUGAAUGACUUGGAGUUACAUUGUGUUGUUUAAGUGUUCCCUUUAUUUUUUUGAGCGGUGUAUUUUGAGGUUGGACGUUACCUCAUUGGUCAGUAUGUGUUCAACCUGUGCUGGUCUGUCAUCUCAUUAGUCAGGUGUUUCACCUGUGCUGGCACAGGUGAUAUUUAAGAGCGGCUAGCCCAGUGCUCCAGAUGUCUUGAGAGAUGUGGAGGGUUAACACCUUUAGUUGGCUCUCCCUAUUUGAUUUAUAAACAAUCCUUUAUCUGAUCUUCA